AUGUCUGUGUCACCCCUUGUGCUGUUUGACUUUUCAACAGACAAUCCGAACACACUGCCCCGGGAAUACGACCUUGCAGUGGCCCGAAUCUGUGUGCUGGGCCACGGGGGCAGUGGCAAGUCAUCACUCGUGCUCCGAUGGCUACACGGACUGGAGAGUGGCCUGGAGCUCGGGUCGCUGGCGGAGGACAUAUACCACAAGCGCGUGAACUAUGAGGCACUGCAUCUCAGCCGCUCUCAGAACGAGUACCGAGACCUGUGCGCAAACCCCCGGAGGCUUAGCCGGGACGCACGCCGCGCGCCGCACAACGUCAAUCCGCUGGACGCGCCACUGGUGGUGCGCCACCACGAGCUGGACGUGCAGCUGCUGGAUGCAGCCGGCAUGGACCCGUCGGACUACUCUGAGAUCCGCCGCCUGCAAGUGGAGCAGGCGGACGGCUUCGUGCUCUGCUGCGACUACACCAACGAGGAAUCGCUCGGCACGCUGCAGCUGCUGCACCGCUACGUCGUGUCGCUGCGCGGCGACGACGUGCCAAUUGUCAUCAGCUGCUGCAAGUGCGACCUCGAGGACGACCGCACCGUCUUUUUGUCCGAUGUCCAGCAGCUCGCCCGCGAGUUCGAGCUCCCCCCCGAUUCCGUCCUCGAGACCUCCGCGCUCGAGAACGUCGGCGUCGACGAGCUCUUUUUCCUGCUGCUGCAGCGGAUUGACUACUACAAAGAGGCCAUGCGCGCUGAGCGCCGCCGCCAGGCCGGCUGCGACGACUUCGACUGCGCGCCGCGCCCCGACCCCGAGCGCCGCUCCCUCGCCUCCCCGCCCCCGCCCUCCACCCGCCACUCCCCGGACUCGACCCUGCUGCGCUCCGCAGCCUCUUCAGACAUGGCGUGCCCGUCCGCCCGCGUCUUCUCCGCCCCCACGUCCACCACACCCUCUAUUUCUCGCCUUGCGUCGCCACCGAUCAAAAGAAGACGUCCCACCAUACGCCGCAUGCGCUCCCAGGAGACCUCUUCUUGCAUUAUCGUCUGA